GUUGCUGUGGCGUUGCAGGUCUUCUUCCCGCCCUGUUAAACCCUAAACCCAAGCUCCCAUCCCCCUCUUCUACGCUCAGUCUCCCAAAACUCUCUUAACUUGCGAAACAGAGCCAGGGAGCGAGAGACAGAGCUUGAAGACAAUGAUCGGGCAAGAAGACCAAAAAGAAGAAGUCAACAAGAAGGGAUUUUCUAUAUGGGAUUUGCCAGAUGUGCCAAUGGGAAAACUGCCUCCCCACCUCGAGCUCCAGAGAACUCGCGUCAUCUGCAAUAAAGAUGCUCCUAUCCAUACAGAGGGCAUAACCUAUAGUGGUGCCUACGACUCUAUUGAAGUAGACAAUACUAGACGACUGAACCAUUUCCGUGACAACUUCAGAGUUGAAGUGGUUCGACUCACAGAGGAUGAUAUGGAGUUUGAUAUGAUUGGUAUAGAUGCAGCAAUUGCAAAUGCAUUUAGGAGAAUCUUAAUAGCUGAGCUUCCAACAAUGGCUAUUGAAAAAGUUCUCAUUGCAAACAAUACAUCGGUGGUUCAAGAUGAAGUUCUUGCCCAUAGAUUGGGUCUCAUUCCCAUCAAUGCUGACCCAAGGCUCUUUGAAUAUUUAUCAGAAAAUGAUCAGCCAAAUGAGAAGAAUACCAUUGUUUUCAAACUCCAUGUUCGUUGUGAAAGACGGGCACCACGUCUUACAGUAAAAUCCAAUGAGUUGAAGUGGUUACCGAAUGGAAGUGAGCUUAUUAAGGUAUCUGGAAGCUCUACCUUGAAUUCGACCUCAAAACCUGAAACUUACACUUCAUUUACUCGUAGUCAAGAGAUCAUGCCAGAAUUUGCCAACAGUCAGAUUGGCCCCAAGCAUCCUGAUAUUAUUAUAUCCAAACUUGGCCCUGGUCAGGAAAUUGAACUAGAAGCACAUGCUGUUAAAGGCAUGGGUAAAACGCACGCGAAGUGGUCCCCUGUGGCUACUGCUUGGUAUCGGAUGCUUCCUGAGGUUGUAUUGUUGGAAGAGAUUGAGGAUGAGGAUGCCAUAGAACUUGUAGAGAAAUGCCCGGUUAAUGUAUUUGAUAUUGAAGAUAUUGGUAAAGGUAGAAAAAGAGCAACUGUAGCGAGACCUCGGGCUUGUACGCUAUGUCGGGAGUGCAUAAGAGGUGAUGAGUGGGACAAACGUGUGGCACUACGGCGGGUUAAAGAUCAUUUCAUAUUUACAAUUGAAUCAGCUGGGUCAUUACCUCCAGAAAUCCUGUUUACUGAAGCUGUGAAGAUUUUGGAAGACAAGUACCAUCUGAGCUUGUGUACUUUGAUGAACUUUAUGUGGCCACCCAUAUGGAGCAUGUUACCAACAGGUGGCAAUAAGGACAAAAGCAUAUUGGUCUGCUGUGCCAGCUCACAGUCCCUAUCCUAGUAGUAGAGAAAUCAGUGUAUACAUGUGUGUGUGUGUGUAUAUAUAUAUAUAUAUAUAUAUAUAUGUUGUUGAUGUUAGAUUUCUUCUUGAAUGGUAGAUAAUAGUUUAGCCAGCCA